AUUAACAAAGAAUUCAGGUAAACCAAGUAUGACAAAAAAUAGUUAGAGAUUUUUUUUAUUCACUCAUACAUGUAUUACAUUUUUUUUUGUUAUUUAGUAACUUAAAUUAUUUAAGUUUAGUUCUAAAAGAAGAUGUAAACAUUUGGGAAGCGAUCAAGAGAAUAUCUGUUUGUGAAUAAAAUAAUGUUGCAUAUAGGGAAAAGGUAAAAGACAAGCUCUUCUCCUGUUUGUGUUCUCAAAGCUUAGAUCUCCAGAAAAAGAGGAAGAACGUUCCAUUGGAAACACUUUGUGUAUUUCUUUGAAAAACUUGCUUGUCACAUUUUGUCUCUGUGGGUCCAUCCACGGAGGAUGGAUCUGGUGCUGAUGUUGCAGGGAGGGGCGUGACGUCACGGGAGUGACCGGGAGGAAGAGGCGAAGGUGGGGGUGGGAGGGGGAGAGGAGACGAGGGGGAAGGAGCAGGGACGGAGGAGAGAGCUGGGGGGAUGACUGCAUGAAAAGGAAAAACAAAAAAGAAAAAAGAAAGGGAGAAACAAAAAAACCCAACAAUCAUGAGUCGUGUAAUCCAUCCUCCGGUUUCUUUUAUAAAUCACGCCGUCUGGUGUGUUUACCUACACAGUAUGCCGCAAUAAAUGACGAGCCUCCUCCCCGAUAAGUGUACGCUGGCGUGAGAGAGAGAGAGAGAGAUGUCAUCUCCAGGCAUGGGCACCCCCAGUGACCCCCUCCUGGCCAGUCCAGGUGGGAGGUUAUCCACAGCUCAGGAAGGUUUGUGGAGGAGCUCGCUCCCCAAAACUGCCAGCUUCCCGACGUCCACCACUCGGCACCUCAGCCACCGAGCCAACAACUUCCAAAGACAGCCAAAGCGACGGAAGCUGAUAAGACCUUCGCCGCCUCCGCCGCCCAACACGCCCUGUCCACUGGACCAGCUUGACCUCAGUGAGCUUCCCCCGAGGCGCACCUUACAAGAGCUGCUCUUCAACGGCUGCAUCCUGUUUGGUAUCGAGUUCAGCUAUGCCAUGGAAACUGCUUAUGUGACCCCUGUGCUUCUACAGAUGGGCUUGCCUGAUCAGUUCUACAGCUUGGUGUGGUUCAUCAGUCCCAUACUUGGAUUCCUCGUUCAGCCUCUCAUCGGAGCAUGGAGUGAUCGUUGUACGUCCCGGUUUGGGCGAAGGAGACCCUUUAUUUUUGCUUUGGCUAUAGGGGCUUUGGUUGGUCUAUCCCUGGUGCUGAACGGGCGAGACAUCGGCGGCGCUCUGGCUGACACGGCAUCAAAUCACAAGUGGGGAAUUGUGCUAACGGUGUGCGGUGUGGUUCUGAUGGACUUCAGCGCUGAUUCAGCCGACAACCCGAGUCAUGCGUACAUGAUGGAUGUGUGCAGCCCCGAGGACCAGGAUCGGGGGCUGAACAUCCACGCACUGCUGGCAGGGCUUGGAGGUGGGUUUGGCUACAUUGUGGGCGGCAUCAACUGGGACCAGACACAAUUUGGAAGGUCGAUGGGAGGUCAGCUGCGAGUCAUAUACAUGUUCACGAGUAUCACUUUGGUGAUCACCACAGCCAUGACUCUGAUGAGUAUCCCCGAACGGCCCCUACCAAAGAGCCAGCCGAACAAAAACUCUGGCAAAAACCAUCUCAAAAGCCCCAGCCUCCCUCUACCUCCCUCUCCCCCUGUACCUCCGGGAUCAGCUUUGGGCCUGGAUGAAGAAGAUGAAGAUGGCCUUUACAGCUAUCAUUUCUCCACAAAGUCUAACCCAUGUAACUCUGACCCUCUGGCCCAUUCUUGCAGCGCCAAUGCACGCCUCUGUGCUGGCCUAACUAGCCCGAUAUCCCCCCUGAGCCCCCUUACACCAAAAUAUGGCAGCUUUAUCAGUAGGGACAGCUCGCUCACUGGCAUCAAUGAGUUCGCCUCCUCAUUAGGAACGUCCUACAUAGACAGUGUGCUCAUAAACUGCUACACAGGUCAGCAGACACCACAGGCUUUGGCCCCCAACACAACCACUGUGCCGCUGCCUCCAGGGGACUCCCCUCCUCCUGAUGAGUCCACGCAAGGGCCAGGGAGCCAUCCUGCAGGACAGAUCCAGGCUGAUGUGGUUGCUCAUCCAGCUGGAGAAGCUCGGGAUGCAGAAGCACCACAGCCUGAGGGAGAUGCGCAGUCUCACGGAGCAUCUCAGGUCACAGCCGGGGUUCAGCCUGGCGCAGGGUCACAUCGGCGCUUCUCUGCCGGCAUCCUGAAACGACCCCAGAGUCUCGCACUAAUGGAGGAGCCGCUGGCAACCCAGAUUGUUGGUCUGGAGAACGGACGCAGGAGGACAGUCACCUUCAGCCAGCAGGUUGCAAACAUUUUGCUGAAUGGCGUGCGCUAUGAGAGUGAUCUGAGUGAGAAUGUGGAGACAGGAGAAUCCCAAAUGUCAAUGAAGCUGCUGUGUAUAGCCAUCUACAGGAUGCCUCCCUCCCUGCGGAGUUUAUGCACUAAUCAUUUCCUGGGCUGGCUGUCCUUUGAAGGCAUGCUGCUCUUCUACACCGACUUCAUGGGGGAGGUUGUGUUUGAAGGUGACCCAAAGGCACCCCACGACUCCGAGGCUUACCAACGCUACAAUGCUGGUGUUAGCAUGGGCUGCUGGGGCAUGUGCAUCUAUGCAUUCAGUGCUGCUUUCUACUCAGCCAUAUUGGAGAAACUGGAGGAACGUUUCUCUCUUCGCACUCUGUAUUUUUUUGCCUACCUAGCGUUUGGUUUGGGCACGGGCCUCGCCACACUGUCCGCCAACCUCUACGUGGUACUUUCGCUCUGUGUCACCUACGGGGUGCUCUUCUCCUCUCUAUGCACGCUGCCUUACUCUCUGCUGUGUGAAUACUACCAGAGCCCUCAGUUCUGUGGCUCAUCAGAGGAAGGGACCAGGCGAGGGAUGGGGGUGGACAUCUCUCUGCUCAGCUGCCAGUAUUUCCUGGCUCAGAUCCUGGUCUCAGUGGCGAUGGGACCUCUGACUUCACUGGUGGGUGGGGCCCAGGGAGUGAUGUACUUUUCAAGCCUGAUGUCAUUCGUGGGCUGCCUGUACUCCUCCCUCUUCGUGGUGUACCAGCUGCCCCCCCCUGAGGGAAGAGGAGAAGUUGAAACUGGGGUGUGAAUCAGCAUUCAGUCGGAAACCGAACAAAACAGAAGAAGAGCAAACAGGGAGAAGACUCAUGUGAACUAUGGGUUUUAACCUGAACGUGGACAACAAUGAAGGGAAAGACUGUUGGGGUUCACAGAGCCAGCAGCAAGAAGUGCUUAUUGUCAUCAUUAGGGCGCAUGCUCCAAGGUAGUAGGCUUCUGCUCUGUCACGCUCACUCCAUCAAAUCAGUAUAGUGAUGACCUUGUGCCACACAGGAUGCAUCCAUUCCUUUUUCCAUCCUACAGAAGCCAUCGUUAUCAGCUUAAUGGUAAUUAGAAUUCAUUUUUUACAUGUUGUGCCAUGUUGUGUCUGUUCAGCCUCAACACAGGCACCAAGCGAGAAUUCAGGUCUUUAACAUAAGGUUAACUUCACCUGUUUCAAGCCAACCAUUGUGAUGGUUUCUCUUAUCUGGCUCACACACUGAAUGCACCAACAUUAUGGUGGCAGUCCUAAUGGCUGCCUCAGCAGAAUGUCAAUAAUUGCCUACUAUUAGCGCCUCCUAGACUGACUGGAUGCACGCCAUGCUAAUGUUUCUGAGGAAACAGUAACUGCAUGGACCAUGCUGUUGCAGCUUGCUUGAGAAAAAAAACAAAAUAAUAAUUAAAAAAAAACAAAAAAACACAGUUUUUGUGUUACAUGGUACCACCUAUUGCUCAAUAUUAGCAAUGUUACUGUAAACGCUUUUAUUCAGGGUUCAGUUAAAACUAAAAAUGAUAAUUUUUGCCAUUAUGGACUCCUGUGUCAAUUAUUUUCUCUUUUGCAUAUUCCAGUUGUCACCCCAGCUGACUUAGCAGAAAUGUGCAAUCUUAAAGUACACCACAUGGGGGAGCCAGGAGACACAAGACACCAAUCCAUUGAUUCACUGCAACCUUUUCCAUUACCAAGUGAGAUUAUUCCUGUUCCUUCCUGCAACUAAGCCAGCCAUUUUCCAUGUUUAGAAAAAUUGGGUCAGGUGACAUCAUCUACUUAAAACACCAUGGUUUCUAUGGCAGUGAUGAACUAUAAACAUGCAUCAAACACACAAAAACGAUAUACUUAAGUAAAAAGACAAUUUAUUUGUUAAUCAGAAUAUACAAAGCAGUGGCUGAAGUAACCGAAUGUCAUUCUGGUUCUGAAAAAGGCAGUCUUGGACACAAAACUGGGCUACCCAGCCAUAACAUAAAACUCAUUGAAAACGUAAGAAAAACAAGUAUAAAUGGUACAAACUUGCGUGGAAUGCAUACAGAACAAAUGACCAAAGCUUUAAGAUUUAAGAGGGGUUAAUUAACAUUGCAGAAUCCUGCCUCCACAGAUCAAGUAAUCUUAUCAUGGAGGGGCAAGACAGGGCCCCUUUAUUCAUUUGCACCAUCUGUUAUGUUAACAGGGCAGCCAAGCCAAGGAUUAAGUAGCAGCUCAACACAAAAAAAAUUAUGCCUCAACUAAUAAUGCUAACAACUGUCCAUUAGCCCCUGCUUAAAACUUAUCUUUGGUCCUUUAAGUGAAUCUGAGAGGUCAACAUGAGCCUUGGAGGGGGUGAGCAGCUGCCUGUAUGAAUGAAAUCAUCUGGUCAGCACGGACAUAAUAGAGAUUGUGCUUCUAACAUACCAAUAUAAAACCUCAAGAAAUGAAAAAACUGAUCUCAUGGCGUGGCCCUAUUUGUACAAGUAAAAAAAAGCUCAUUUUAAAGACCAAUAAAUAACAUUUCAUAAAAAAAGGAUGCAGGGCCACUAUCUUUCAGGACUCCAGUGCAAUGUGAUAACAUGGGAGCAAACAAAAAGGAAUAUUUCUUAAACAAAAAAAAAAAAA